AUUAAAACAAUAAUCGACCUCCACUAAAAAAGAGUCGGCAAAAGUCAUAUUCUCGACGAAACUCUUCUUCAUUCUUCGGCGGCGGCAGCGGCAGGAGCAACGGCGUGGUGCUCAGGGCUUAAUAACUGAGUUUGUUUUUACCUUUUCUUCGGUUUGACAUCAGCUUCGUUCGUCAAACCCUAGCUAAACCCCUGUUCAUCUUCUGGGAUCGAUAUUUAAGUAACGACCAUGAGUACUCCUUUAAACGAAGGUGAAGAUCACGGUGAUGUCUUUCUUGAUGAAGAUGACAUCGUAGAAGAAAUCAAUGUAGACGAAGAAGAUCUCCCUGAUGCAGACGAUGAUGCAGAUUCUGAUACUGAAGCUUAUGUAGACGAAGCUGAUGAUUCAGUGCACAUAUUCACUGGCCACACAGGUGAAGUAUACACAGUUGCAUGUAGCCCUACAGACCCUACAUUAGUGGCAACAGGAGCAGGUGAUGACAAAGGGUUUCUUUGGAAAAUCGGUCAAGGAGAUUGGGCUUUUGAAUUACAAGGUCACAAGGAUUCAGUGUCUAGUGUAUCCUUCAGUUCUGAUGGACAGCUGGCAGCUUCUGGAAGCUUUGAUGGUGUCAUUCAAGUGUGGGACAUCUUAUCAGGAACCCUAAAAUGUACACUCGAGGGACCCGGAACAGGAAUCGAGUGGGUGAGGUGGCAUCCACGUGGACACCUGGUUUUAGGUGGUUCGGAUGAUUCGACUGUUUGGAUGUGGAAUGCUGACAAGGCGGUUUAUCUUAAUACUUUCUCGGGUCAUGCUAGCACUGUCACUUGUGGUGAUUUUACCCCUGAUGGUAAAAUAAUUUGUACGGGUUCUGAUGAUGCAAGUUUGAGGAUAUGGAACCCAAAAACUGGAGAGAAUAUUCAUGUUGUUAGAGGUCAUUUUUAUCACACCGAAGGGCUUACAUGUUUGGCAAUAACUGCUGACUCAUCUCUCGUUCUUACCGGUUCAAAAGACGGUUCUGCCCAUGUAGUCAAUAUCAUAACCGGGAAGGUUGUGACUUCUCUAACUUCACAUACGGAUUCAAUCGAAUGCAUCGGGCUCUCAUCUAGCUCUCCAUGGGCAGCAACCGGAAGCAUGGAUAAAAAACUCAUCAUCUGGGAUCUACAACACUCUAUACCCCGUUGCACUUGCGAACACGAGGAGGGGGUGACGUGUCUGUCAUGGGUAGGUGGGUCCCGAUUUGUGGCGACAGGGUGUGUGGAUGGGAGAGUGAGGAUAUGGGACAGUCUGUCUGGAGAAUGUGUUAAGACAUUGAGAGGACAUUCUGAUGCUAUUCAGUCAUUGGCUAUAUCAGCUGAUGGAAACCAUUUAGUUUCUGUUUCUCUUGAUGGAACUGCAAGAGUAUUUGAGAUUGAUGAAUUUCACUAAGUCAACAAAAAGUCAAACCGUGUUAUUACCAUUUUGCCAUCUUUGUAAGAUUAAUACAUAUGAAUCAUACAAACACCUUCAGAUA